GGGAGUGGGAAGUGAAGAAGAGGAAGAAGAAAGACGAGUAGGAGACAAACGCGGCCCUAAAAUUUUUUGGCUUGCAUUGUCGAUGAACUCGGAGAUCUCCUAUGGAUUCGCUUAAUCCUCCAAUCCUUCGGGUUCUCUCCCGCCCACCUGUUCCUGUCCCUGUCCCGAACCCAAUCUCCGGGCUUUCCCGUGCACCGCCUCCUCAGCCCCUUCCUCCCAUCUCGCCUGAACCUCAGCCGCCGCCGGUGCCGACUCGGCAGCCUGACUCUCGCUUUCCCUCUGGUGUAGUAGUAGUUGGCUUUGUCUCCCGUAUCCCUCACCUUUCCUCCCAGCUCAUCAAUCGGAUCAUUGACGCCAACGCCUUCGGUUCCGGCAACUUGGCGAAGGUUUUGUUUGAAGAAGAAUCGAGGGAAUGGUUCAAUCGGAGGAGAAUUAGUUACUACCAUGAUGAAGAGCGUGGAACCCUCUUCUUGCAGUUUUGCUCCACUCGAUGCCCGGUUGUUCAUGGAUUGGCGGAUGCCGGACCGGGGUUCGAGACUUGUCUGGAUGAGGGGGAGUUGGAAGAUCUACAGGGUUUGCUCUUCAUGUUCUCUGUGUGUCAUGCAAUUGUUUACAUUCUGGAGGGUUCACGGGUUGAUACUCAUAUCUUGAGUAAGUUCAGGGUGUUGCAAGCAGCCAAGCAUGCAUUGGUUCCAUAUUUCAAAUCGAAAAGUUCCCAGCCAUUUCCAUCCAGGCCUCAUUCUGAUUCUAGUUCUUCCAGGCCACCUUCCGCCGCUGCUUCUUCAUCGGGUAGAAGUAAGGGAAGCACGAGUCGGAAUGCUUCAUCUAUCUCUCUCAUGUCAGGUUUAGGAUCCUACAGCCCGUUGUACCCUGGACAUUGCACUCCAGUGAUCCUCUUCGUUUUCGUUGAUGAUUUUCCAGAUGGGUUGAAUGUUAGCUCAAGUGUCGAGGAGACUACAGAGGCUUCCCAACUUAAUCAUUCCUCAAACUCGAGUACUAUACCUCGGUCAAGCUUACCCUCAAAAGGGUCUGGUUCAGUUGUUGUGCUAGCACGGCCUGCUAGUAAAUCCGAAGGAGGUGUUAGGAAGAAAGCACAGUCAUCUAUUGAAGCACAGAUUCGAUUUCUGAUAAAGAAGUGCAGGGUUCUUUCAGGUUCUGAAGUAGCCCAUGCGGGUGGCUCUAGAGGUGGAGGCGCUCCAAGCUCAUCACCUUUGUUUUCGUUCGAUGCAUCGAGGGCGGUUGUGCUGCUUGACAGGUGUACUAUCCGGGGAGGCGAAUCGCUGGAUUUUGCUACCAAAAUGGUGGAUGAUGUUUUGAAUGGGAAAGCAACAUCAGAUUCUCUCUUGGUUGAAAGUAAUGGUCAUCAGAGUGCAAACAAAGAGGAUAUUUCAUCCAUAAAGGAAUUUUUACAGAGGGUAUCUGAUAUUCUUAGAGGUAGAGGAGGAUUUACCAACAAUGGUUCAGGCACUGGCGUUGGCAUGGCUGCUGUUGCUGCUGCUGCCGCUGCAGCCUCUGCUGCUUCAGGGAAGUCGUUUUCUUCUGCUUCUGAACUUCCAACUGUUGAAGGAUGGUUAUCAUGCAGCCAACACUUGUUACAUGGUUUGCUCUCCGCUAAGCAUGGGAUUGUAGAUGACAUGGAAAUCAGCAAUAGAAAAACACAAGGGGUUGCUUCCAGAGGGGUAGAUCCUAUGGAUUUUUCAGCAUCUUUGCUAGAAAAUGCUACAGGAUUGAAUUCGAAAUUCUCAAAAUCUUGGUGUGAAAGAGCCCUUCCAACUGCCAAGGAUGUUUAUAUGAGAGGGCUCCCUCCUUGUUACCCAACUUCACUGCACGAAACCCAUCUGAAAAAAGCUCUGCAUGCUUUUAACUCAAUGGUUAGGGGCCCUGCUGUGGAGCUGUUUGCCAGAAGACUCGAAGAUGAGUGCACUGACAUAUGGAAAUCCGGCAGGCAACUCUGUGAUGCCGUUAGUUUGACUGGGAAACCAUGCAUGCACCGAAGACAUGAUAUUUCUAGCUCUAGUCAGCUACUGGAAGAACCAAAGACGCACUCUAGUGGAUAUUUUUUUCUCCAUGCUUGUGCUUGUGGUCGUUCACGUGGACUCCGACCCGAUCCCUUUAGUUUUGAAUCUGCAAAUGAUCCAAAUUGCUUUCCAGAUUGUGAAAAAGGGCUUCCUGUGGUGCAGUUACAAGCAAAUGAUAUGGGGCCUGUUCGUUCAUCCUCUUGGACUUUGAUUCGUAUUGGAGGAGCUAGGUACUAUGACCCUUCUAAGGGUAUAAUCCAGAGUGGGUUUUCUACCACACAUAAGUUUCUGUCGAAGUGGAUUGUAUUGCUUGAGAAACCGACCAAUCCAAAUGAUUUUUCUACUAGUGCUUUUCAUCUACAGUCUGUAUCGAGGCCAAUGGUUGAACCUCCAGUGGAGCUAAAUUCCGAGGUCGAUAAAAAGAAAAUUGAUGGUCAACAAUUCUACUCUGCAGAAUCCCAGAGCAGGACUGAAAUGGAAAGGAAACAGUUGGAACAUGGAAGAUCUGACGAGAAAAUUAUUAGCUUUGGUAUGGGUCUUACGAAUCAUAAUAUGAAAAAGCCAUUUUCUGAGGUAGUGGCUGGAUCAUUGACUAGAGAUUCAGGGUUUCCUCCUCUUCAGCAGAGGAGGCAUCCUUCAGCAGCUGGUUCAGAAAAAUCUAUCAAGCAAAAUAGGUCUAGAGUUCCAUCCAUAGUACAGAUUCAUGCAGCUUUUGAGCAAGGAUCUCAGAAAGUUAAAGAGGUUUCAACAUCCUUGAAAUUUUCAAAUGGAUCCUCCUCCUCUGUUGGUGGUCUUGACGGAGACCCCAUACUGAGAAUAGGAAGUAAUUUAGUCCCUGUGAAUGUCAAUAACGGGGCGGUGAUUGAAUCAAAUCCUGUUGUGAAGCAUGCAGAAGUCUAUUUUGGUUUUGAGCAUGAAUGUCCCUAUGGACAUCGUUUUCUUUUGAAUGCAGAUCACCUCAAUGAACUAGGCUCUGCAUAUUCGUUGCAUAAGAAACAUGAUACGCCGCAUGUAGAAACUUCUAGUCAAAAUGUAACUGGCCAGUCGAGCUUGGGUAAGAAAGGUUCUCGUGGUAAACUUUAUCGAAGUUCUGGGAGCGUGACUGUUGCUUCUGCAGAUAAAGUGAGGAAUGCAGAGAGGUCAAAAGAGAUGAGGGCAUAUGGUUCUGGAAGUGGGCGAAGUAAUCAAAGCUUCAUAAGUGCUCCAGUAGACUCUAAUCUUGUGAAAGAACUUCGCACAGACCUUGAUUCUGUUAGCAUUGAUGUCAGUGGAAGUGAGUUUUCAAUGUUGAAUAGAAAUAUUCCGCUGUUCAUGAACUGUCCAUACUGCCGGCGCUCCAAGGGUAAAAAGGACCCGAAGAUAAAAUUUGCUGGCACAGUAUCUCAACUACAGAGGAUCUUUCUGGUCACACCAACGUUUCCAAUCGUUUUAGCAGUAUGCCCUAUUAUCCAGUUUGAGGAAUCGUGUCUUCCGCCAUCAGUUCCAGACCGUGAAAAAAAACUGCAGUUCACCCUUGGGAGUCAAGUAGUUUUACCACCAGAAAGUUUCAUCUCACUUCGACUCCCAUUUAUAUAUGGUGUCCAGCUGGAGGAUGGACGUCAGCAUCCUUUUGGCGCAUUUGAGCAUCAACCAGAGAUGACUGCCUGGAUCGUGAAGGGCACGGCAUUGCAUUUAAUCUCCAAGCAAAACAGUCUUCCCUCUGAAUCACAGACGUAGUGAAAUCCUGCCGAACUCUUUGAAAGGAGGCUAUUAUGUCAUCCAUGCCCUUGGGAGUUGUCGUGGAUUCUUGCGAUGCGUUCUCACUUUCAGUACGGUCAGAUUCUAUGCUUUUAUGAGUUCUCCUAAUUUGCUGCUUGUCUUGUUUCUUGAUACAUCUUCAAUGUGCGCUCUCUGGCUCUAGCACUUAAAUUAGUAUAUAUAAGGACAUUUCUCCCGAGUCUUUCCGAUCUCCUGGUUGGUGAUUACUCAAGUUCCCAAGUUUCCUUCAGUUCUUCCUGCAUGGCACCCAUUCUCUCUCUCAGUGAUUUGGGCAGCCAAGAGAACCAAUUAUGGGGCAAGGAGAACCAUGAUGGAGGAAAAGCCGCGAUCAAUGAUCCUCACUUCGAACUGCUCCAGGCCUUCUUCGAUCCCUUUCCCAAGCAACAUAACAUGGAAACAAAUUGCCCAUCCCAGGAACUGAACAUGUAUGCGGAUCUUAGUGAGGAGGUUGGUGGAUGAAAGGCUAUUUUGAUUGGUUAAUGUCAUCUAUAUAUCAGCUGAUUGUUUCCAUAUUUAGUAUGGAGAGAAUUAUGAUUUUUUAAGCAUUUCAAAUAAUAUAUCAUACAUUACUACAUUAGCCAUAAGUGGCUUCAGAUGAUGGUAGGAAGUGGUGAAUUUGGUGACGGGAAGAAGCUGUUGGCAUCAUAGGAGCGUUGAGGAACCAUUUAUCAAAUUGUUGUUAGGUGUUUCUUUUUAGUUAACAACUGCAGAUGUUGGUGGUUAAUGCUUUGGGUAUGUUUAAUUGAGUAUUGUUUUCUGAUAUAUUAUAACUAAUCCACAGGGAAUUCAAGAAUGGCAUCCAUAAGUACUUUUCUACUUGGAAUGGUAGCCAAAAGAAAGGGGAGAAGUAGUGGCGUUUCUGACCAGCGUGAAGAUGAACAAAAGGACAGCCUUAGCCUGUUUCACCACCUGAAAACCAGUCGAAAGAGGUUUCCAACUCUGAUGCAUUCGUAGUAGCGGUAAGUAAUGCUAAAUUUGUGUUACUUUCUUUGAGAUGGCUGGCUGUCAACAUCCCAGUUCAAAGGCAAUUAGGCAAACUAUUGUUUGUUUUGAGUACAUGCCCUGUCCUGAUAGAGGUUACUCAGUGAACAUGCAGAGUUCCAAUUGAUGGUUCUGAGUUCUGACAGAAGAUAAUGCUGGUGACUCAUGUACAGUUAACUAUCGGAUACUUUUCGGAUGCCUUUUUCUCCUCUUCAGUGUUGGUGUUGCCAGAGUUUGGUCCUCAAGCGAUAGCAUAUCCUUCGAUGCUUGGCAUGCAUUAAGUUUGCUAUACUGGUUAACCAAUGGGGGUUUCCAUCUUUCUCAAGACUGAGCUAUACUUCAAGCUGUCCACUCCAGAGUCAUCAAACAGAGGGAAAAAGGGGGUGGUUAUUCGACAGAGGAGAGAUCAUAAGCUUAACCAUGUACGUCGAUAGAUAUUUUGAGAGAAUUGUAUUCUUUGGAGAAGAUAACUAAUCGGAUAUCAUCUUUUAUGUUUAGUACUGAAAAGUGAAAACCAGUGCUCUGCUGAAUCUUUCUUGAUUUUUUUUUGGUCGUUCUAUCUAAGUGGUUCCUGCAUUCUAGGUGUUGAAUUAGAUUGUUCUUUUUUUUUGUUGAAUGGAAAGUUUUGUGUGUAUAUUGUUUUGGCACCCAACAAUGGGUGAGCUGAAACCGGGAGGCAGAGAAGUAGGCACUAGGCAAUUGCAGCUGUUGCUGAAGUAAAAAAUGUUUUAUGUUAUAAACAUGGAUGAGGAUU